AUGGGUAAAUUUACAUCAUCAAAAAAAACCUAUAGAGUUGACCCAUUAGGAUUGAAUUUACCAAAUAAUGGUUUUGACAAUGAAGAACUCGAUACAGCAGAUAAUCUUAGUGGUAUAGUUGCAGGUGGUGUUGUUGGAGCAACAACCGAUGGUAAUUUAAUUAUGAAUGAAGAUUUAUCACAAUCAAUUACAGAUCCAAUCAAAUUAUUAGAUUUAAUUUCAAGUUCAGAAACUGUUGAAAGAGAUUUUGCAUUUAGAACAAUCUCUGAAUUCGUUUUAGAGAAUGAAUCUUUUACUCAAGAAUUAAUUAAACCUGAAAAUAUUCGUAAAAUUAUUACUCGUUUAGUUGAACCAGAUGUUCAAAUUCGUGUUUCUGUAAUUGGUACUUUUAGAAAUUUAACAGUUGUCAAAGAGGAUAUUUGUGAAACAUUAAUUAAUUUAGAUAUUCUUACCCCAUUAUUAUCAAAUUUUGUUCAAGGUAUUAAUUUUAUUAAAACAUUAAAUGAAAAAGAUAUGAAACAACAAAAAUCAAUUGAAACUCAACAUGUUUUAAUUCAAGCAGUUGCAUUAAUUAAUAAUUUAUGUGAAGUUUCAGACAAAGGAUUUUCAAUUGUAUCAAAAGAAUGUAAAAGUAUUUUGACAACAUUAUUUGAAGUUUUAAUAAAUAAUAGUAUUUUUAUGCCAGAGUUAAUAAUGAAUAUAUCAGAAUUUUUAACAGUUGUAACAGAUGAUAAUAAUGAAUUAAAUGCAACCAUAAAUAAUGAAUUAAUGUUACAAUUAUUUAAUAUCAUUAAAGAUUCAACAACAAUGAAUAUUAGAUUAAAGACAUUAAUUUCAACCAUCAUUUUAAAUAUUGGUCAAUUAUAUAAUAAAGAAUUGGUAAUUCAAAAUAUUACACCAAUCUUAUUAAGUACUUUCCAAUUUAAUUCAAUUUCAACUUUAAAUUCAGAUUUAUUAAAAUCAUUAAAUAGUGCAAAAGAUGCAAAAUUAAAAUAUGAUCAAUUAGUUGCUGAACAAACAGAUGAUAAUAAUAAUAAUAAUAAUGAUGAAAAGAUGGGUAUGGAUGAAAAUAGUAAUAAUAAUAAUAAUGAUAAUAAUAUAGAAGAACCAAUUGAUGAAUCAAAACCAAUUACUUCAACAGUUGAUGAAACUAUUAAAAAAACACCAAAAAAUAUAAUUAAAAAUGCAGCUGCUGAUUUAGUUCAAGAAUGUGAAAAACAAUUUAAAAAUCAAAAUGAAGAAUGGAAAGAUUCAUUACUCGCUCAACAAUCUGCUAUUGAAUUGUUUGUAAAUAUUGUAUCAGAUGCUCAACAACAACAACCAGAUGACUCAAAUCCAUAUGAUGAUGAUGAUGAUAAAUUCUUGGAUAUUGAAGAUGGUGAAACUGAACAAUCUCAACAAAUUUUAUCAAAUAUUUCUAAAUUUAUAAUUUCAACUCCAUUAUGUCAAUAUUUAAUUGAAUUAUUAAAUAGUAUAGUUAAUUUUGAUUCAACUGAAUUUGGAAAAUUAAAUAUUGAACUUUUACCAAAUAUUUCAUCAAUUAGAAUUCUUCAAAAAAGAGCAAUGACAUGUUUAUCAAAUCUUUUAAUUACUUUUAUUCCAAAAGAAGAAAAUGUUCAAAAGAUUCUUUGGGAUCUUUUAAUGAAAAUUGCAAAUAAAUCAUUUACAACAAAUGAUAUUGAUAUCAUUGAAAUGACAACAAGUUCACUUUGGUCAAUUAUGAGAACAAAUUCAAAUAUUGGUUUUACAACAGAAAUUGAAAUUAAAAAUUUAGUAGAAUUAGCAAUUAAAUCACCAAAUUCAAUUAAAACCAAUUUAAUUGGUAUUAUUGGUAUUGCAGGUCAAAAACCAUAUUGUCAAAAUAUAUUAAAAGAGGUUGCAAUGUUUUUAUUACAAUGUUUAAACAAAGAUUUACCAGCAGAUAUUAUUUCAGAAUCUUUAAAUUCAAUUUUUGAUAUUUAUGCUGAACCAAAUGUAAACAAUAUCGUUAAAGAAGUUUCAUUAAUUCAACAUUUAGAUGCAUUUGUUCCAAUAAUUAGAAAUAAAAUUAAAACUGAUAAAAAGAAAUUAGAUAGAGCUUUAUUAGAUCGUUUAGAUGAAUCCAGAAUUAAUUUAUCAAGAUUUAUUACUUAUAAAAAAUCUCAAAAAUAA